AUGUCGGGUCGCAGAAAAACGAUUCUUAAGGUGAUCAUUUUAGGUGAUUCGGGCGUUGGAAAAACGUCUCUUAUGCAGCAAUUCAUUAAUGGCAAGUUUUCACAACAGUACAAGGCAACGAUCGGAGCAGACUUUCUCCCAAAGGAUAUGAAUAUAGAUGACAAACAGGUUACUAUGCAAAUAUGGGAUACAGCGGGACAAGAAAGAUUUCAAAGCUUGGGUGUGGCUUUUUACAGAGGUUCAGAUUGCUGUGUAUUAGUCUUUGAUGUUACAAACAGCAAAUCAUUCGAGAACCUACAAAAUUGGAGAGAUGAAUUCCUUAUUCAGGCAAACAUAAAGGAUCCAGACAGUUUUCCAUUUGUUGUGAUUGGAAAUAAAAUAGACGUGGACGAGAGCAAGCGUGUCGUGAGUGUUAAAAAAGCACAGGCAUUGUGUGCUAGUUUGGGUAAUAUUCCAUAUUUCGAGACGAGUGCAAAGGAGGCAGUGAACGUUGAACAGGCAUUUGAUGUUGUUGCGAGAUGUGCUCUACAACAAGAAGAAAGCUUAGAGUACAGUGACGAUUAUACGGAUGCUGUGAAUAUUCAUGUUGACGGUGAUAAUAGCACGUGUGGAUGCUAA